AUGGUAAAGGAGCGGCGUCCGUUCCUACGUCGCACUAAAGCCACCGCACCCCCCGACGUCACCGACACAGAGACCAGCACACCAUCCCUCGAGGCAACCACCAACAAAUUCACCAAACGCGGCAACAACAGAUUCAAGUCACGAAAAACUGAUAAUGAAAUUGAUAAAACAAAGGCAGAUAAUAAGACAUCUUCUACCGCUGCACCACAACGUAGUGAUAGACCGCGCAACUUCGUUCGACGACGGCUUGGAGGGGCAAACUCAACAACACCCAAGCCAGCAAGCUCAACUCAAAUACCACUUCCUUCACGUCGCCCAUUCAGAAUUGCCAGUCGUCGUCGCCCUAUUUCCACCACGACUACUACGACCGCUAAACCCACCACUGCACUCAUUGAGAGUGAAGAAUCAUUACAGGAUAUCGGAGAUAUUGACGCAAUAGAAGAUCCUUCUCUUAGACCAAGCACUUCACCACGAACAACAGUCAACCUUCAGAGACGACGUCCUCUCGUACAACUAAAAGCAGAAGACCAAAACCCAGCCGCGACGAAUGAAGAAGAAAAGAAACGUCAAAGUAAAAAAUAUAGUGCUAGCUUUAGACAAAAUCAAUUGGACGAAAUAUUAAAGUUCAGAGCGAGUGCUGAAGAGUUGGAUAUUACUACGGAAGGAAAAACUACUUCAGAUGAUAUCAGCGCAGAAACCGCAGUAGCGUUAGCCGCACACCAACUCAUUUCCGCUCCGAUACCUAUAAUUCCCGACUACGACGAAGACUUUUACACCACAAGGAAAACACCAAAAACAAUAGUUGACUUUAAAUUUACCAACCCGGCGUACACAGAAGAUUAUUCUAGAACUCCGGUGUAUACAGAAGAUUACACACGACCAAGUUACACGACCAGGCAAAAGUUGGUGGAAACUUCUACCAUCAACUACGCGUCUCCAUUAACAGAUACCGACACUCCAACAAUAUCUUCCGAAAGCACUUUCACCGCAUCAUCGUUCACAAGCAGAUUUUCUAAACCAAUCGAUUCAAGUCUAAACCCAACUCUAUCCGGAGUGACCCUCAGUCUAAGGUCAGAAAACUCAGAAUCAACAGCUCGCUACAACCCGACAGAACCUACCCAAUUCACGACUGAAAGUUACGAGUCCCGCGUGUCGAGACCUAGUUUAUCUACAAACAAAAUAAACCCUACAACAUCAGGCAUAUCUGACUUAAACGAGUCUACACUGAAACUGACAGUACCAAUUCGCGACGUAUCCCCAACUUAUCCUACAGGCUUCACCAGAAAAGUUUCCCGACCUUCAGGGUUUUCCCCAAAUUUAGUUAAUAUAGAUUAUGAUAUAAAAACGACGGGUAGGCCAGAAUUGGGUCCAUCUACAGCUAGAUACGAGGGUUCUAGCGAGAAGAUUCCGGUACCAGUAGUCUUGGGGUAUUCGGUCGGUGGACAAGGCUUGCAAGAGCCUUCGUACUUCACCAGGGAAUACUUAUUGGAGCCGUCUCUCACUAAAGGCUAUGACGAUGAAUUUCAAUACCUGUCACCGGGGACGACGCCACAAUCAUCGACAAGAAAAGCACUUGUCAGAAAAACUAUCUAUCGCAGAAUAUCCAGCACACAGUCCCCCGCCUCAGUACUUCCGCAAACCACACAAAAACCACGAAGAACCACAAGGAAACCUUUCGAGAAAAUUCUAAAGAAUCCCGUUCAGACAGAAACCGCUCUAAAAGAUAUUGUUGAGAAAGAAACCGUUCAGAAAGAGGUAAUUUCAAAGGAACCAGUACAAAAAGGAACCGCUCAGAAAAGGCCAAUUCAGAAAAUUAAGUUUCAAAAGCCCGCAGUACAAAGGGUCCAACCGCAGGUGAUCGCGCCCGUAAGACCUAUAUCUGAGUACGAUUAUUACGAUGAUAGUGAAGAAAAGGUGGCGGCUAACUAUGAAACAAGGACGAAAGUUGUUCUUCAUGAUAAAGGCAACAUCGAGUGUCUCGACAUCGGCAACUUCCCGCACCCAACCUCGUGCAAGAAGUUCAUAUCGUGCGCCCGCGUGGAGAGCGGCGCCGUGCGCGGCUGGGAGUACAUCUGUCCCAAGGGACUGUCCUUUGAUCCCGUGGGAGGCAUGUGCAACUGGUCCGCGGGAUUGGGAUGCAAUGAGAAGGAUGUG